CGGGACAGGAGAAGUGGGACUGUGCAGAGUCCAUACAUACAGAAGGGGACAGAUACCAAGAAUUGACACCCGGCAUCCGGGACAGGAGAAGUGGGACUGUGCAGAGUCCAUACAUACAGAAGAAGGACAGAUACCGAGAAUGACACCCGGCAUCCAGGACAGGAGAAGUGGGACUGUGCAGAGUCCAUACAUACAGAAGAAGGACAGAUACCGAGAAUGACACCCGGCAUCCAGGACAGGAGAAGUGGGACUGUGCAGAGUCCAUACAUACAGAAUGAGGACAGAUACCGAGAAUGACACCCGGCAUCCGGGACAGGAGAAGUGGGACUGCAGAGUCCAUACAUACAGAUACCGAGAAUGACACCCGGCAUCCGGGACAGGAGAAGUGGGACUGUGCAGAGUCCAUACAUACAGAAUGGGGACAGAUACCGAGAAUGACACCCGGCAUCCGGGACAGGAGAAGUGGGACUGUGCAGAGUCCAUACAUACAGAAGAAGGACAGAUACCAAGAAUGACACCCGGCAUCCGGGACAGGAGAAGUGGGACUGUGCAGAGUCCAUACAUACAGAAGGGGACAGAUACCAAGAAUGACACCCGGCAUCCAGGACAGGAGAAGUGGGACUGUGCAGAGUCCAUACAUACAGAAGAAGGACAGAUACCAAGAAUGACACCCGGCAUCCAGGACAGGAGAAGUGGGGUGGGCUGGUAUAUUUAUAAAGCAGUAAAUGUGACAUUCACCAAACAU